AUGAAUUCAAAUCCAACCUCAUCAGCUUCAAGUGCAACUUCAAACAGACCACCCUUCCAUAUCAGUAGAGCUUCAGAUGAGAUCACUCAAUUCCCGUCAUAUGAAACAAUGCAUCAGCUUUCAACUUCACCAAAUCAUAAAUCAUAUCAAUCGACUUCAGCUUCAUUAUUCAUGUUAACAAAUCAUCAAACUAAUUCAACUCAACCUAGUCUCUCCGGUUCAACAAACGAUCCUCUUGAACAAGCUACUGUGACUCGUAGAGUUAGUGGCGCAAUCGAUUUUUUCACUUCUCUUGUACCAGGUCUUUCAAGUCCAAGAUCAAAUUAUCAUCAACAUUAUCACACACAACCUAAUCAUACCAUCUAUAAUUCUGAUCAAGAAGAAGGAAGACAUGAUGUUUACGAUCGAACACAUCAUGAAAACCCAACCGAUCAAGAUACUGAUGAUCAAACAACAGAUCCCAAAUUAUCUAGAAUCCAAUUCUUAUCACUCACACUGAAUUUAUUAUCUUGUAAUUUGGUUUGGACGAUCUUAAUUUAUUAUGGCAUGCCUUUUAUACUCAAACUUGAUCUUUCAACUUAUUCAACAACUUGGCUUUGGUUAUCAAGUCCGAUUAGUGGUUUGAUCAUUCCACCUUUAAUUGGAAUAAUAUCAGAUUUGAAUUCGAAAAGUUUACACAGAAGACGUACUUGGAUCGUUAUUUCAACUUUAAUUUUAUUAAUCUCAUUGAUUUCUUUAUCAUUUUGUACACCAUUAGGUAUUUUUAUGAAUUAUUUAAUUGGAGGUGAUCAAGGUGAUUGGGAUCCCAAGAAGAACAUUAAUAUUCAUUCUAAUUCGAUUCUCAUUGCGAUCGUUUCGUUUUAUUUUUCUUUCUUUUCACUUGAUUGUUUGAUUCUUUCGACUAGAUCACUUAUCCUUGAUCAAAUUUCGUCUUAUCAUCAAAAUUCGAUUAAUGUUUGGAGUUCUAGAAUGUUACUUUUAGGUCAAUUGAUUGGCUUUGGGAUUGCUACUUUUUCCAAUUCGAAUCAUGGACCUGAAGAACCUCAACUAUUACGUGAAUUGGUUGGUUAUAGUAUUCUUUUAUUGAUUAUCACUUCAAGUUUGAUUUGUACAACUCAGAUCGAACAUCCCAUCACUUCAAAACCAUCAUCAUCAAGACUUAACAGUACUUCUUCUAAUUUACCGAGUUUUAAAGACUUAUUGGAAUUUUAUAAAACCUUUUUAAACACUUUACCAAUCCCAAUCAAAAGAGUUUGUUAUGUACAAGUUUUCAAUUCGAUAUGUUGGAUCACAAUCUUAUAUCAUUCAAAGUCAUUAAUUUCUAAUUUUAUUUUAUAUGAAUUGAGUUCAACAGGUACCAACCUAACCGAAAGUUUAAUACGUUAUUCAGAAAGACAAGGUACUAUUACCAUGUUAAAAUUCAGUUUGAUUUCAUUAAUCUUUAGUUUUCUUUUGCCAUUUCUUUGUAAGUUUGGUACCACUGAUUAUGUGAUCCAUCAACGUGGUAAACGUUGGACAACGUAUAGAAGGAUGUUGAGGUUUUUAACUCCUAGAAAUUUAUGGAGUUUUAGUUUUGUGGUGUAUUUGGUUUUGAUGGGUUUUACAUUUGGAAUUGAAAGUUCGAGUGGUGCAAGUAGAUUGAUAAUCUUGCUUGGGUUUUCUUGGUCUAUCACACAAUGGGUCCCAUUUGCAUUAUUAAUGGAAUACACAAGAUCAAUAGAAGAAACCCCACCCGUCAAUCAAUUCAAUCAAACCCCAAUCUCAUCACCAUCAGGUACUAGAAGAAUCGCAAACACACCACCAUCAAACGUAUCACAUAAAAUCGAAAAUAGAAGGAUCAAUGAAAGAAGUCAAUUGAUUAAUAAUCCAUUGAAUGAAAUACCAUUGAAUUUGAUCAAAACUAAUUAUUCAAUUGCGACUAAAACGGGUGGUAGUAUUUUAGCUAUACAUCAAUUAUCUACUGUUGCUCCUCAUUUUCUGAUCUCUAUCAUCACAUCCAUGAUGUUCAAUAUAGUUUAUUUACUAACCAAUCCGACCGAAGAAACCAAUGAACCCAUCAAUUUGUCAAUAGACAUUCAAAAACCAACUGAAGUACUUUGGUUCUUUAGAUUCACUUCAAUCUUUGCAUUGAUUAGUUUGAUUCUAAGUCGAAAGAUCGUCUUACCUACUUCUGAGCUAGAGUAUUGGGAUGAAUUGAAUUAUCAAAUUUAUGAAACUGAAAGGUUUAGAAAUGGUGAAGUUUUACAAGAAGAUCGUGAUUGAGAUUUCUUAAAUUGAUUAGUAAUUUGAAAAUUAAAUCCAAUUCAAUGAAUGAUUUGGUCGAUUGAAAUCAAAGGGGAAAGGUCAAAAGGUAAAUCAUUAAGGGGUUUUGGUUGUAAGAAGAAAAUGUAUCAGAAAAGUCAAAAGAAAGCAAAUUUUUGGGUUUUUUUUUCUGGCGGGUGAGGCCCAGGGUAGUUAUAUCAGUUUUCUUUUGUUGAAGAAAAAAAAGGUUUCUUUUUCAAAACAAAAUCGAUUUGUUGUUUUUAUAUUAUCAUUUUUUUUUGGUGCAACUUUUAAUUUGUUUGAAUAUUUGUAUUUGAUUCUUUGAUUAGAAAACAUAAACUAAAAUCAUUUGUAUUAUUGUAAAUAUGUAAAAAGUUGAUUUUUUGAUACAUUUAGAUUGAAAAAAAGGAUUUUUUUGGUUUUGUAAGAUGUUUUGUUUUUUUGUUUUUGGUAUUGAUCAAGUUUUGUAAAAAAAAGAAUUGGUUUUGUAAGCGAGAGGAAUAUGAUUAACAUUUUGUGUGUGUGUUCUCUCGUGAGCAUCUAUGUUCUUAACUUUGACUUCAAUGACAUCACAUCAUGCAAAGAUUCCCGUUUUUGAAAU